AAAUGCCCCUCCGUCCGGUCGGCCAGUCUUUCACCAUAGAGCGACGGCGAGGGAGCUAGAGCGGCGCCGAAAUAGCCCCGGAAAGUGAUGUGGGUGCGGGGGCACUCUAGCCGCUCCUCUCUAUGGUCGGCGCCGGGGAAAGGUUGCGACUAGGAAGGCAGGCGCAGCAGGCCCAAGCCGCCGCCCUGAUGUGAUCGGGCCCCGGGCCCCGGAGGGAGAGGCCAUGAAGAAGGACGUCAGGAUCCUGCUGGUGGGAGAACCCAGAGUUGGGAAGACAUCACUUAUAAUGUCUCUUGUCAGUGAAGAAUUUCCAGAAGAGGUUCCUCCACGAGCCGAAGAAAUCACCAUCCCCGCUGAUGUUACCCCAGAGAGAGUGCCAACCCAUAUAGUAGACUAUUCAGAAUCUGAACAAAGUGAUGAACAACUCCAUCAUGAAAUAUCACAAGCAAAUGUAAUUUGCAUAGUAUAUGCUGUUAACAACAGGAAUUCAAUCGAUAAGGUAACAAGCCGAUGGAUUCCUCUCAUCAAUGAAAGAACAGACAAAGAUAGCAGGCUGCCUCUUAUACUGGUUGGCAACAAGUCAGAUCUGGUGGAGUACAGUAGUAUGGAGACCAUCCUUCCCAUCAUGAACCAAUAUACAGAGAUAGAAACUUGUGUAGAGUGCUCAGCCAAGAACUUGAAGAAUAUAUCUGAACUAUUUUAUUAUGCACAGAAAGCUGUUCUGCAUCCUACAGGACCCCUCUAUUGUCCAGAGGAAAAAGAGAUGAAACCUGCCUGUAUAAAAGCACUAACUCGGAUCUUCAGAAUUUCAGAUCAAGAUAAUGAUGGCACCCUUAAUGAUGCAGAACUCAACUUCUUUCAGAGAAUUUGUUUUAACACACCAUUGGCACCUCAAGCACUUGAAGAUGUAAAGAAUGUAGUCAGGAAAAAUCUAAGCGAUGGAGUUGCAGAUAAUGGAUUAACACUGAAGGGUUUUCUUUUUCUACACACACUAUUUAUUCAGCGAGGAAGACAUGAGACAACUUGGACAGUAUUGCGGCGCUUUGGCUAUGAUGAUGAUCUGGAGCUCACACCUGAGUAUUUAUUUCCUCUUUUAAAAAUACCUUCUGAUUGUACAACAGAGUUGAAUCACCAUGCAUAUUUGUUUCUCCAAAGCAUUUUUGAUAAGCAUGAUUUGGACCGGGAUUGUGCAUUGUCUCCUGAUGAACUCAAGGAUUUGUUCAAAAUCUUCCCUUAUAUGCCAUGGGGACUAGAUGUCAACAAUACUGUCUGUACCAAUGAAAGGGGUUGGAUUACCUAUCAGGGAUUUCUGUCUCAGUGGACACUUACUACUUACUUGGAUGUACAGCGCUGCCUUGAAUAUUUGGGAUAUUUGGGAUAUUCAAUAUUGACUGAACAGGAAUCCCAAGCCUCAGCAAUUACAGUAACAAGAGAUAAAAAAAUUGACCUUCAGAAAAAACAGACUCAGAGGAAUGUGUUCAGGUGUAAUCUAAUUGGUAUGAAAGGCUGUGGGAAAAGUGGAAUCCUCCAGUCGCUGCUUGGAAGAAACCUAAUGAGGCAGAAGCAUAUACGUCCAGACCACAAAUCUUAUUAUGCAAUUAAUACAGUAUAUGUGUAUGGGCAAGAAAAAUACUUGCUGUUGCAUAAUGUUCAUGAAUCCGAUUUCUUAUGUGAUGCUGAGAUUAUAUGUGAUGUUGUAUGCCUAGUAUAUGAUGUCAGCAACCCCAAAUCCUUUGAAUACUGUGCCAGGAUUUUUAAGCAACACUUCAUGGACAGCAGGAUACCUUGCUUAGUGAUAGCUGCCAGGUCAGAUCUUCAUGAAGUUAGACAAGAAUACAGCAUCUCCCCAGCUGACUUCUGCAAAAAACACAAAAUGCCUCCACCACAAGCCUUUUCUUGCAACACAGUUGAUGCACCAAGUAAGGACAUCUUUGUGAAGCUAACAACAAUGGCCAUGUAUCCCCAUGCCCGGUUACGCUGUAUGUGCACCUGCAACAGGUGUACAUUUUGCAUCUGUCAGAACCUCCUCAACUCAGACUUGCUGCAAUCUGUAAAGAACAAAAUCUUCACUGCAGUUCUUAACAGGUUAAGAGCCCGUGUAGAUGAGUUGGGUGCCAUGCUGUUAUCAGACGAGGGGAGCAGUGUUAUUCACCAAGUGCACGCCGUCAGCUCUGUAGAAGAUUCCAUCUUCAUGGAGUCAUCUCUUGAUCCAGAGUUACUUGAACACAGGCAUGUGACACAAGCUGACCUCAAGAGCUCUACCUUUUGGCUUCGAGCAAGUUUUGGUGCUACAGUCUUUGCUGUUUUGGGCUUCGCCAUGUACAGAGCAUUACUAAAGCAACGAUGAUCUGGAGGAAAGCAUGUUUCUUGGGGAGGGGGGAGGGACCUAUCAAAAGGGGGAAAACUUUUAUGUACAUUCUAAAUCUGCUAGAAAUAUUUAUAUAUGCGAGUUACUUUAUUAUUUGUAAUUCAUGGAUAAGAUUAUUUUAAAUGAUAUUCCUAAACUUGCAGUAUUGCAUAGGUUCUGGAAAAGAGAUUUUGCAUUACAGUGGCCACAAGUGGCUACAUUUGUAAGGCCAAAAGGGAAUUAUUGUAACAUAACUUGUACAUAUUAAGGCAGUGAGGCAUAAUGUCCCCCCAGAAUAUUAGAAGUCCUAUUGUUAGGUGUUGCAAAUGGAGUGAGAGAGUGUAAUUAGAAUUUAUUUUCAGCAAUGUAGGUUCAAGUCCAGGAUCACUACUCAUUUAUUUAUUUAUUUCACAGGCAUCUGAACUUCUCUUUUUGAGAAGUCUGUAUGGGGUUUGGGGAUGGACGGCUCUUCUUUUCUUUAAGUAACUUAACUGCUCAUUUACUCACUAGUUGUAUUUUACAAGUGUUCUACUGUGGCCAAUUUGACUGGACUUUGAUUGGUUUUUUUGUUUGUGUAUGUCCUACAUUGUACAGCUAAAUGUGCCACAGCUCAAGGAGGAGAGGCAGAAGGAUGAGUCUUCCUUUCUUCAGUGAAAAACAAGUAUUGUCAAUUACUUGUCAACAUCUGGCGCUGUGUGCCAUUCUGUGGCUCUCUUAUUUCCCAGUUGAUGUUUUGUAGCCUUUUCCAAUUCAUUGAGAAAUCAGUUUGUAUAUUAUAACUGUUUAUAAUUCACCUAAAGUGUUUGUUUCAUCCCUUCACUUCUGCAAGUCCUUCUUCUAAAAACUGUGUAUGAAUAGAACUGAAAUAGUACACAGCGCUUUUACUCUACUCAGUAGUAGACUAGUUGCAUGAUUUGCACUGCAUCCUAAACUUGGCUGGAAUUACCUGUAGGUGGCAUUUUUAAAACAAAACAAACAAAGAUGAGGGUCAUUGAAAAUUCCUCCUGUUUUCCCCACCACUGGCCUUUUCAAGUAUUUCAAUAAAUAAGUGUACUGUGCUAUGGUUUGAAUGCUCAUUCUUCUACUGUGAGAAGCAGUAUUGAUUGCAUGUGAACAGUAGUAAAGAAACAUUAUCUCCAGCCAUGUAAUGCACCUCACAUUUGAAAAUAGGACCAUAUUCAAUUAUUGGUUUAAAUCUUGCUCAGUUGUAAAUCUCAGUGGUUGGCACUGGCUAGUUACACCCAGCUUCUCUUGCCUUGGAGAGCCAUGAACCCCAAGCUGGGAAAAGAGUAAGCACAGAACUGCUUAUAGUCCUAUGACUUUUAGUAGCAGUCAGGCAGCCCUACAUGCUUCUGCAGUCCCCACAGGAGGAACACUCUAUGAACAAACAGUGGAAGUUUUAGCCAUGCUGUGUGUUAGCAGUAGAGUGAAUGGUUAGGACUUUCUAACAUUUAAAACUCAUGGUGCUUGCUAGGGACAUAGAACACCUCACAAAAUAAAACCACUUCACCUGUCAUUGCUUUCUAGUUGGCAUAUAGUUGGGAGUUCCAUUGCUACAAAAGAUGUAAGUAAUCAUUCUGGAGCUACUGGGUCAGGCCUGUUUGUCUCUUCUUCUUCUUCUUCUUCUUCUUCUUCUUCUUCUUCUCACUGGUAAAGUGGAUAUUCAUGGAACUGAAGGAAAUGGAGGGUCACCAUUGACUGCUUUUACCUUAGGUUGAGACAAGGACUGGACAGUCUCUGUGGGUCUUGGGACCCAGUAUGAAACCUUGAAGGGCAAGUGAUGCCAAAAAAAAAAAAAAAAGACUUUUUUUAAAAGCAAAAACAAGACUGAUAGGACAUAUGAAGUGUUAAUAGACUUUUCUCUACUAAAAAUAGGAUUUCUGGUAAGCUGCCUGGGCUGCUGUUAUCCUCACAAACAUAAACUGUGUAUCUUGUUUUUAUAAUUUUUAAUGGGGGCUGGUGAUGGCCCUUGGAAGGCCACAGAAAGAAAUGGGGGCCACACAUUGCUCACCCCUGCUCAGAAAGUUGGACAAGAUGGUUUUGGAGGUUCAUGUUGCAGAAUUUGGUGUUUAGCUCUGAUAGAUUUCUUUAAGAAAGCUUCUGUAAUUCAGGUUGGAUUUUAUCUUCCCACACACCAGCUGUUAACAGUGCUGUGAGACUUUGAAGCUGGUAUUCAGAAAAGAGAUAAACCACCGGUUAAGGGCUUGAGCUUAGCCUGGAUUUCUACACUAUUACUGUAAUUACCAGGAAGAUGCUGGUUAUAAUGCUGCUCUUUGAAGAAGUUGUUUUUGUAGUUUGCAGGUGUUCCCUUUCAGUUGUCCCUGGGAUUUUUUCAUUACAGAUAAUAUUAAUGAUUGUGGGUACAAAGCAGAGCUACAAGACUAGCCACAGAACUCCUGAGGCUGGCUCAGUGAAAAAAGUGGUAACUGCAGAAAAAGAAGUGGUACCAAACUCAAGCAAUGACCAUUCUAGUUGAGUAUCUUAAUUAGAUUGUUUUAUAACAUGAACAUUAAAAAAAUCUAUUUGCCUACUACAUGGGUUUUGGUGAUUUAAAACCCAUGUUAUGCAAAUUGGAUAGAUAGCGGUGAGUGUGAAUUUUUUGAGUAUUUGUGUAGCCCCCAGGAGCAAGUGAAUCCUGAUGGAAGACAGAAAACACUCUUUGUACCAUGAGAGGGAAAAACAGCAAAUUAAAUUCUCGUCCUACAUUAAACUCAUGAGAGUAUUGUAAAA